UAUAUAAGGGGCGGCCUCCGCUUAGCACCGGGAGCGCGGCUGUCGCCUCAGCCUCAGCCGUUCCGCGGACUUGGCGCCAUGGCAGACCAGUCUUUUGUGACUCUAGCCACAAAUGACUCCUAUGGGAAAGGAGCACUGGUACUCGGUUCAUCCUUGCAACAGUACAGAACAACAAGGAAGCUGACUGCACUCAUAACUCCUCAGGUCUCAGAUCCUAUGAGGAAAGUGAUGGAAAAAGUCUUUGAUGAAGUCAUAUUGGUAAAUGUCUUGGACAGUGGGGAUUCAGCACACUUGGCAUUAAUGAAAAGACCUGAGCUGGGUGUCACACUAACAAAGCUUCACUGCUGGGAACUGACACAGUUUUCAAAAUGUGUGUUCAUGGAUGCAGAUACAAUGGUUUUGUCAAAUAUUGAUGAACUUUUUGAGAGAGAAGAGCUGUCUGCAGCGCCAGAUCCAGGCUGGCCUGACUGUUUUAAUUCUGGAGUUUUUGUUUACCGACCUUCCAUUGAAACAUACAAUCAGCUGUUACAGUUUGCCACAGAGAAAGGCAGCUUUGACGGUGCAGAUCAGGGGUUAUUAAACACCUUCUUCAGCAGCUGGGCAACAACAGACAUGAGCAAACAUCUACCAUUUAUUUAUAAUCUGAGCAGCACUUCAGUAUAUUCCUACCUUCCAGCAUUUAAAGCGUUUGGUGCAAAUACUAAAGUGGUGCACUUCCUGGGAAGUACAAAGCCAUGGAACUAUACAUAUGACUCCAGAACAAAAAGCAUAAAAGGCAAGAUGGAUGACCCUAAAAUAGUUCACCCAGAAUUCCUCAACAUGUGGUGGGACACCUAUCUAGCUCAUGUUUUACCAUUACUAGAACAGCAUGGAAUUGUUAAAGAAGCCACAGGUGUAAACAUGCUAUCGGGCUUGGUCUAUACUCUGGCUUUCUCUUGUGGCUUCUGUAGAGAGGAAAGCUGCACAAUCCCUGCCCAUUGGCAAUGCUUGCUGCUGCGCAUGAGAAACAUCUACUUCGUUGUCCCAUUCUAUGGCCUGUUGCUCACUUUAGCUAUGCUAAGUAUUUCUGUAUUUUUCACUCUGCCUUUCCUUUUAGGCAGAGGUUACAGAGGCAGUGUCCCACAUAUCAAUAUCAACACCACCAGUAUUACCAAUUGUAUCUUCAGAAGAGCGCAAGGAACGGUGGGAACAGGGCCAAGCUGACUAUAUGGGAGUGGAUUCCUUUGACAACAUCAAGAAGAAACUCGAUACCUACCUUCAGUAGAAAUGCCCGUCUCAAACAGUGGUGAUGCAAGGACUUGUUCCAGAACUAACAGCUAGAAAGGUGUAGAUGGUGGUCAGUUACACUUGCUAGUAGCUUGUUGAAAAACUUCUUGGCUGAAGGCCUCUGCAGUGCUACAGAUGAAGACUGAGCAAAAGCUAGGAAGCAGAAUUCCUUGGGCCACCUAUAACUGCCCAAUUUCCAAUUCUCCCUACUAGAUAAAACCAGGUACUUUCAGCUUAAAUUUUCCUUCUGUUUUGAUCAAUUGGCUCAACGUAUUCCUUGAAAACUGGGUUUGUUACCUCACCUCAUUAAGGUGAUUUAGCCUUGAUUCCUUUGCUUGCUGUUUUAGAUGUUUAAAAAAGAGAGGAAAAGAAAAACAAAUCUCUUUCACGGGAUUGCUCAUACACUGGAGUGGUAGCCAUUCUGCUUUACCAUACAUGUAUUAAUGCCACUGGGAUACAGACAGAUGUAAUAGUCAUAGCACUGCUUUGCUCUUCCAGUCACAAUUGCACUGAAGUUUUGACCAGGUUCUUACGCACAGUGCCUACAGCAUGGCAGAAUGCAUUUUUCAGUUCUGUAUACUAUGGGACUAGUCAACUGGGUUUUAUCUGUUACUUGCAAUGUUGCACAUGAUACGAAAAUAAAACGUUGUCAUGCACUUCUGGCUUCCCUAAACUCUUGAGCAAUUUAAAAAAAAGGGGAGCUCUGAAGCAGUCCCAGCUAAAAUGUUCAACAGGUGUAACCCUUAAGCCUUGCUAAUGCCCUUUGAGCUGCUGUUAGCAAGUGUCCAGCUGUUAGUUCUGUAAUUGUGUACAGAGUAUCUAGUUGGUGGCCAGGGAGCUGUUUUAGGGCUAAUCCCCUUAUUAGCUUACCUUAAUUGUAGGGCAGGGCUAUGGGGAAAGUACCUACUGAAGCUAUUUGUGGAGCUUGGGAAGAGGGAAUCUUUCUUCUGGUGACUAAAGAAAGCUCAUCCCUAAGCAAGCCCUGUCCACUGACCUCUUUAUACGUGAUGGUGAUGCUGUUUUGGCAAAUAAAGAUUAAAUAGCUGCUUAAGUAACAGUACCUACCCCCAUUAGGAAAACUAUUUAUUCCAUGUGUGCAGAGUAAAAGGAAGUGCUUUUUGGCCACACUCAGGCUACCCACUACAUUCUAAGACACAUGGAAAAGCAGUGAAAAUACCACAGGAAUGAAAGUGUGCUGAAGACAGACAGAGGUUGGUUGUUAACUGCACUGUAUUUCAGAUCCAUCCUUUUAGCCAGCAGCCUAAACAGAACUAAAUGAUUUAGUGUUGUGUCUUUGACAGCUCUACUCUGUACUCAUCCAGAAACUCUAAGAAAAAGAUUCCAUUAUUUCCUAAUAAAGCAGGAUUUUGGCAGGAAGCUACUGAGGGGGCUAAACUUUCAGCCUAGAAAUAAAAUCAACAAGCUCUCACCAUUUGCUGGUAAAGCAGAAGACAUAAUCUGGGUAUGAGAGUUAGUUUAACUAGAGCAAUUAAAUAGCAAAACCCAAGACUCCUUGGUCACUAUUUAGCAAAAAUACUAAGGAUGAGGUCCAAGCCUAAGUAGCUUGUAGCUAUUUAAAAGUACUUAGUAUCUGAACUAGUUGUAACUAGCCCUUUCCUGUGUGGAUUUUUCUGUUGCUGUGUUUGGGUUACUUUAUUUCUUUUUAUAACAGAUAAAUUUGAAGUGUGCAAGCAGGAGGCAUUA